ACCACGUUUUAAGAGUGACUCACGAGACGAAUGCACUCCCAGUCCCAUUUAGCUCUCGCCGGUUGCUUUCCUUCUUUUUCUCCUUUUCUCGCACUUCCUCUUUUCGCUUAAACGAUAUCGAAAGAACGCGUGAAAUUGGGGCGAUGGGCCCACGCAAAUUCAAACGAAGGCUAUCGAACAAUUUCCGUAAAAUAUAGCGCAUAGUAGCGAAAGACAUUCUCGCGAUCGAGUUACAUUUCCGCUGGAUGCGCUUUGAGUCCAUCGAACCGGAUAUCCUGCUGCUCUCGGCUCCCCAGUGGACGGUUCUUUUUUUUCGUGCGUGCAAACGAAUCAUCGUUGCACGAAGCCCCGUCUAGGCUCGCGAAAGCAUCGAUCGGAGGUCGAUUGGAUCGCGUUGUUAGAACGCGUGGCUGGAAAACGUGAAAAGACGAACGAAACGUUGGAAGAGAAAGAGAAGAGAAAAUGUUUGGGGGACCGGAGGGUUAGUAGCCGGGAGUCGAACGCGAUCGAGCUGACGAGUUAUCGUCCUGUGGAGGCUGUCGGUCGGCACGUCGCGUCGGCUGGUCGACUCGUGCGACGUACCACGCCGGUUGGAGAAUCUUCUCCCCCUCCGUGUGGUCCGUGCUGCCAGGCUAGAAGCGCAUCGCGUAACCGAGUGGAGAGUCGACCUCAGGACACCGACACGAGCACGUUUCCUCGUCAGUUUCGUUUCGCAGGCUCCACUCCACUGGUGCACUCCUGCGCGACACUCGUCCGUACUCGGUUCGCUGCACACGUUCUCUCGCAACGCACGCCACAUACCGAGGACGUUUCUUCGCUGCGAGUCUAUUCUCUCUCGCUUCGACCCUUUUCGAAGGAUAUCAAUCAGCGGAGCCGUACGCUCAGCCGGCGCACCUAUCUUCUCGGUUCGCAAAGGGAAGGCGGAGAAAGGCCAGUUUCGAAAUGAGGGAAAUCGUGCAUCUGCAGGCUGGACAAUGCGGAAACCAGAUCGGUGCAAAGUUCUGGGAAGUAAUCUCCGAGGAACAUGGCAUCGACCAAUCGGGCAUCUAUCACGGAGACAGCGAUUUGCAAUUGGAGCGAAUUUCCGUCUACUAUAACGAAGCUUCUGUGGCGACCUCGACGAAUGGAGGAAAGUACGUGCCGAGGGCCAUUCUCCUGGACCUGGAGCCAGGAACAAUGGACGCCGUUCGAUCAGGAGCGUACGGGAAGCUGUUCCGGCCGGACAAUUUCGUGUUCGGUCAAUCCGGAGCGGGCAACAACUGGGCAAAGGGACACUACACCGAGGGUGCGGAAUUGGUCGACUCGGUGUUGGACGUGGUCAGGAAAGAGUGCGAGAAUUGCGACUGCCUGCAGGGCUUUCAGCUGACUCACUCUCUCGGUGGCGGCACCGGGUCCGGUAUGGGGACGCUGCUCAUCUCCAAGAUUCGCGAGGAAUACCCAGAUCGAAUCAUGAACACGUACUCGGUGAUGCCGUCGCCGAAAGUGUCCGACACGGUGGUGGAGCCGUACAACGCUACCCUGUCGGUUCAUCAACUGGUCGAGAAUACAGACGAGACCUACUGUAUCGAUAACGAGGCGCUCUACGACAUCUGCUUCCGUACCUUGAAGGUCUCGAAUCCUAGCUACGGCGAUUUGAAUCAUCUGGUCUCGUUGACCAUGUCCGGCGUGACAACUUGCCUCAGGUUUCCCGGACAGCUGAACGCCGAUUUGCGAAAGCUCGCUGUCAACAUGGUUCCGUUUCCACGUCUGCACUUUUUCAUGCCCGGCUUUGCUCCGUUGACCUCUAGAUCUAUGCAACAGUAUUCCGCCCUGUCGGUGCCGGAGCUCACGCAGCAGAUGUUCGACGCGAAGAAUAUGAUGGCCGCCUGCGAUCCCCGACACGGCCGAUACUUGACAGUGGCCGCCGUGUUCCGUGGCAGAAUGUCGAUGAAGGAGGUGGACGAGCAAAUGCUCAGCGUGCAGAACAAAAAUAGCUCUUACUUCGUCGAAUGGAUCCCGAACAACGUGAAGACUGCCGUCUGCGACAUUCCGCCCAAGGGUUUGAAAAUGUCCUCGACCUUCAUCGGGAACACCACCGCCAUUCAAGAGCUGUUCAAGCGAAUCUCCGAGCAAUUUACAGCGAUGUUCCGUAGAAAGGCCUUCCUGCACUGGUACACCGGUGAAGGCAUGGACGAGAUGGAGUUCACCGAGGCUGAGUCGAACAUGAACGAUUUGGUCUCGGAGUAUCAACAAUAUCAAGAAGCCACUGCCGAAGAAGAUUUCGAAGCCGAGGAGUGCGCCGACGACUUCGAGACUUGCGAUCAAGAGUAAAUCGAUUGCCGAUCGUUUCCUCCGAAGGAACUAUUUUUCCACCGAACGAGACGUUUCUCUCCUUAUCCUUAUCCUUAUCGUUAUGUUUCUCUUCUUUUCUCUUCUCUCCUCUUCUUCUCCCGCUCGUCUCCUCAUCGUCCGCUCCGUUCCAUUCUCUCCCUCUGUGGCGACUUUCGUCUCGAUUCGGUGGUAGCUCUCUGCGAUAUUUCUGUCUCUUUUAUACUUUUGUACGUAAAAAAUACAUUUUAUGAUCGGGAAGCGUUUGCUGCGGCGACCGGCGAAUCGAGUGGCUCGGCCGAGCCCCACACCGGUUGCCGCAUCUCGUAUCGCGACUACCGAAAAGUGAAAAAAUAGUGGAAAAUUUGCACGGAGAAAUCACGGGAUAUCCCUGGCUCGUGAACCUGGAUCCAUCGUUCUCGAAGGAUAGCGACUUUACCAAACACCAAAGUACCCGAACCAAAAAUCUACUCUGUUCCGUUGCAUCCACGGCAACGAUAUCGUAUGCGUAUUAAUAGUGGCACGCGUUUUGCAAUGUGUAGCGCAAGUUUGUUCCUUGCAAAAAUAUACGUUUUUUUUCAAUUAUUUUUCUU